AUGUCUAUUUUUGAUAAGAGGUACCUCACAGAGGGGCAGCUGAAGGGUUUCGACAAUUACAAGGUAAGCAUGUGAUGUUAUUUACCUGUGACAUGUGGUUGAAUAUUUUUUAAAGGCUAAUUUGUUGUUAUUUAACAGGUUUUAUUGUUUAUAACUAAUUAGAUGUAACUUAUUUUAAUAUUAUUCUAAUUUGUGAUAAUAUUUUUAUGAUUUUAGUACAAUUGCAUUGAUAAUUCCCCCAUCGCAGUCUACAUAUCACAUCCGUUUUGGAAUUGGGUCGUUAACGUAUGUUAUAGUAGUAUAUUGACGUUUGAUUUGAUUAAAACGUAAAAUAUUAGACAUUAUUGGAAGUCAAUGAAGUGUCACAGUUUUUGUGAAGCUCUCGUUUUAGUUUUACCCUAAAUGGCUGGCCCCAAACGUACUAACUCUGGCUGGAGCCCUCUUGGUGAUGGGAUGCUACUGGUUGGUAGCCUUCUACGAUUACUACUUUAAUGUCAACUCGUCUCCAGAGGCUGCGGAAAGGUUUCCGCCAUGGCUAUGGGUGUUAUGUGGAGUUUGUACGUUCCUAGCACAUACUUUGGAUGGCACUGAUGGGAAACAGGCCAGACGGACGGGUGCUUCUGGUCCUACUGGAGAGUUGUGUAGGUUCAGUUCUUAAUGUUGUUAUUGUAUUUGUCAGAAACUAAUAAUUAUUGUUUAAAUUAUUUGUUUGUGCGAAUAUUAGUGUGAAUCUACACAUGAUUCUUCACCUUAAAUGAUCUUGUUUUAGUUGAUCACGGGUUGGAUUCGUGGUCGACAGUGCCAUUUACAUUAACCAUCUUUUCCUUGUUCGGCCAAGGAGAGUACAGUAUUAGCCCGAUCCGACUACUGAUCGUUCUGAUCUCUGUACAGCUGGUGUUCAUCGUUACUCAUUGGGAAAAGUACAAUACUGGUGUCAUGUUCUUGUCAUGGGCUUACGAUGCUAGUCAAUAUGUAAGUGUGUUGAAUGUGUAUGAAGAUCGUAAUUUAAUUAUUUAUGUCAUCUUUGAUUUAACUUUUACAGGGUCUUUCGUUGUUUUACCUUUUCGCCUACUUAAAAGGUCCAGAGUACUUCAGAUACUAUGUUGUCUCGAGGUAUACCUUUGCUCAGUGUUUUGAAGCGUCAUUUUAUGGUAAGUCUACAUACAGAAGAUAAGAUUCUUUUCAGUUUGUUGUGUUUUAUCCUUCUUCAUGUCAUUCUACAACAUGUAUCAGGCUUACUUUGUCACGAAAACUGGAAAACAGGUAAUUUUACUAUAAUAUAAUUCGUUAAUUGUAACUUUUGUUAAUGAUAUUGUUUUAGAAUUACUAUUCUCGACAGUUACCUAAUUUUUACAGAAAUUGUUUUAGCUUGCUAGUUAAUGUAAUAUUGUAUAAUUUAUAUUGUGGUUUCAGCCGAACGUGUUUGAGUUUAUCCUUCCCAUGAUCUCUCCAAGUGUUCUCUUUGUAGCUUCGAUUUUCUGGGGGGUCUACUCUCCUCAGGACAUUAUCCACAAGGAUCCUCGACUGUUCUUGUGGUGUAUGGGCGUUGUCUUCUCCAAUAUUGCAGUAAGUUCUUAACGAUAUUGUUGUUAAUAAAUCAUGGUUGUAGGUUUAUGUACAAUGUAAACUAUAAUUUUGUAAAAUCUUACUCUUUGUAAAGUAAGAAAAUGAUUUGUAGGUCAGACUGAUCAUAGCACAGAUGUCAGGAACAAGAUCCGAGAUUGUGAAUCCCUUACUAGGUGUCUACCUUCUGAUUGUGUUUGGAGCCGUUGGCGGGUUCUUUGGAGCCAGAGAAAUACUCGUCCUCACCGUUGCCUCAUGGGCAUUGACAUUGGCACACAUCCACUACGGUGUUUGUGUGGUAAGUCUAACAUAAUAUUGAAACGUUGUACAAAAUGGCAGUAUUAUUGUUUCAAACUUCACAUAACUAGAUUUAAAAGUUAAAAUGACCCACUUGAUAUCUAAUAUUAAAAUUGCAGGUUCGACAGCUCUGUGACCACUUCAAGAUCUACGCUUUCAACUUAUCAUAUCUUGAAGAAAAGAGUAGUUAG